CAAGGAAAAGACAUAGUAUGCAAGCAAAAACAAGCCGUUGCACUAAACCCAUUAUCUUCUGAAAAACUAAUAGAAACUGAUAGAAACAAUUCAUAACCAUUUCGAUUCUUCUCUGAAAUUUUGCAGAGAAAGAAAGCCAAAACCAUAGUAGAAAAUCUUACCAAACAAAUCUAAAAUACAUAUAAACCUGCAAAAUCGUUCAAUCAUAUAAACCUAACCAAAAUCAAAAAACCUAAAAAAUCAAAUAUGAGUUCAAUCAACUCAAAAUUGUUCCAGUAAAACCAAAAAACAACUUCAAUAACAGUAUAUUUUGCCUAUGUUGAACCAAAAAUCAGUUUCAAUUGAAGAACAAUGGUUGAAACAAGAAGACAAAGUUUAAGAAAGUCGAAAAACCAAACAGUAGAAUCAACAUCUAAUAUCUCGCAAAAAUCUGUAGCAGAAAUUCAGAAAUCUCCAAAAGCAGUUGCAGUUAAACACAUGGAUUGGAUUCAAAUUCUUAAUCAGUCUUGUUCGUGUUUCAACCAUGGUAUGCUGAGCAUACUCAUUGUAUUAAACCAUUGACGUUACCCGGAGCAACCUACUGAGAGUAGCCAGGUGGAACAUCAAAGAAAUCGCAAUGGAGGUUACAAAAGAUAUGCAGAUGGUUGAGUACCCGCUCUCGCCGAGUAUUCUUGAUAAGAUUACUGAAAUAGAGUAGAAAGCUUUAAAUGAAAUUGCGGAGAGGUUGCAACGCCAGCGAGAGGAAGUAAGAGUCCCAGAAGUAGAAGAAAUGGAUGUUGAUAAAGAAAUGGAUGGUGUCGAACAAUAAGGAUUCAAAGAUGUGCCACGACCAAGAGAAUUGGAUGGUUAUGAAGAAGAAUUAUAUGAUGACUUGAGGUUAACCAUAUAUUUUAACUGGAUGGCAAUGCAGAGCAUAAAGGAAAAAGGUGAUUCCGUAGAUCCAAGGAUGGAGAAUUUGAUGAAUGAAAUAUAUUAUAAAGCAUACCCAGAAAGGAAGCCUUGCGUUAACACAAAAACAUCUUCAGGGGAUGACUCUGACUCUGCAGCUGGAUCUGGCUCCGACUCUGACUCUGAUGAAGGAAAACAACAUUCAGACAAAGAAUCUGAUGAAGAACGGACAAUGAGUGCUACUCUGGGUACUGAGUCAACCGAAGUUCCAAGUGCAAGUACCCCGAAAGACCAACAUACAACUUAUGGAGAAGAAGAAGAAGAAAAAAAAGUUGCGCCAUCCAAUGAUGAACAAGGGACAUGGAGCGGAAGUAUGAAAGAGGCUGCUACUCUGGGCACUGACUCAAUCGAAGUUCCAAGUGCAACUACUCCAAUAGACAAAGAUACAACUCCGGACUGUGAAGAAAAAUAUGCGCCAUCAAAUUAUGUUAUUGAGCCUUCGCAAUACAAAAUGUGGGCUUUAGGUGACUUGAACAAAAAGGUGGAUGAGCUGCAAGUUGAGAAGUGCUUACAAAAUCCAACACCACCUGAGCUGAAAGCAAUCCAACAAGAAGCAGCUAAAGCAGUGAUGGGUGAAAUAAAUGGCGCAAUCAAUAAUCUCCAAGAGAACCAGAAGGUGAUGCCAAGAAUGCAGUUUGUUUUUUUGGUUUGUGAGGUGCUGAAGGUGUUUCAAGAUUAUGAUGAAGAUGUUGUUGAUCUGAAUGCAGAUGUUGAGCUACCAUCUGAAGAUAUACUAUAUGAAAUACAUGUUCAAGAAUAUUCAAGUGGUAGUUUGGAGAGCCUCACUCAGUUGUCUUCGACGCAAAUUGUGGAGAAGUGCUUUGCAAACGAUUUGCUACCUCUACCAGAACCAGUGAUUGAAAAGGAACCCCAAAUAGUGAAACAACAAAUGGUAGAAAAUUGUAAAGAAGAAAAAGCAACGUUGGGUCUUGCAUGUGCUAGGAUUGAAAAGACUAUACACGAAGAAAAAGGAGGAGGUUCAAAGCCUACGCCACAUAGUGAUUUUUUUGACGUGUCGUCAUUCACACUGUUGACACCAGAAGAAACUGCAAAUGAGGCUUCGAUGAAGAUAAAAUUGUCUCUCAAAAAAACUGAAGUUAAGAAACCGGAAGCCGAACCUAAGCGACCGGUGAUUUUUCCGCCAUUCUCUGAUAUAAAGAGGAAGAUGAAGAGAAAAGCAGACAAACCAGCUCUCCAAGAUUUUGUUCCCCCCAGAACAUGAGUCUGCUAUGCAGAUGGAUGAUAGGGAGUUAGACGAGAGGCGGGCGUUGCAUGCUGAGACCGCAACAAAGGUCUUUGCACGAAAUGCUAAGGAGGCAGAGAUGAAUCGAAAAAUGAGUCGUCAUUUAGAAGGUCCUCCAAUAAACACUGGCACAGAAGUAAUGAAGUCAAAUGUUGAAACUAAGACAUUGUCUCAAACAGAGGAUGAAGUUCCACUAGCUAUCAGAAAAAAGGCACUUCUCAGUGUUCUCACAACAAGGGACGAUACCAAAGUGGUCUCAAAUGUGGUUAAUGAUGUAAUUAAUCGGAAAGAUAGACAAGCGAAGCCUAUUGGACACAUGUUUGACAUUGGAAGUAAGUUUUCUGGUAAAGCUCUUAAGAAGACAAAACCAAGAGUCGAAUCAAAAAAGCAAAUACAUGUGAAAGCAAGUGGCAAAUCGUCUAAAAAGGAAAAGCCAAAAGAUAAAGAGAUACCAGACCAAGUUAUCAUGCCGAAUAAAAGGAAAGGAAAACAAAUUGUAACUGAAAAUCAGCCUCCGAAAAAGAAACAAACAACGACAAAGAGAUUGUAAAGAGAAGGAUAGUAAUAAGUUGAAAGAUCUUCACGAGUCCCCGUUUUUCCAUAAGAUGAGUGAAUAUCAACUAAGGGUGCUCUCUCCAUACUUCGAACAUGCGUCAAAUGUAUAAGCCUCAAAUUGAAAAACAAAAUAACAUAAUUUUUUAGAGAGUA